AGUUUGUUGAACACAUUCCACACCAGAAGCGCUGAAAGUGUAAGGUCUGCGUCAGGGAGAUUCGUCUCGUGCUUAAACAUGGAUAUGGAGUCUGCCAACAUAAGUGACUACACGUACGAUUAUGAUUACGACAGUUUUAUACAGACAACAACACACACGACGGAAAUUGUGGUAACCAGCGUUCUGCUGUACAUUGGAGUCUGUACCAACAUAUGGAUGAUCAGGUCUCUCUACAAAUCAUGGAAGACAGGCAGCAGGAUGCAUUUCUAUCUCCUUGCCAUUUGUGUUGCUGAUUUGCUGGGCUUGUGCAUCAGCAGCGGUGUCAGCAUCGGCAGUAAUGCGACCGUUGUAUGGAGAGGCGGAUAUUACGGAUGUAAAAUAUUUUCAGGUCUUCAGAUGUUUGGAACUACUAUGUCCCAUCUCAUUCUGGCUGGAUUCAAUAUCGAUAAUCUUUUCACCAUCACCUGCAGUCGCUCCAUCAAGGCGUUGCGUAUCGUCUUCCUGCUGUUGUCCUUUGCAACCGCCCUCACUAUGAGUGGCGUUAAGUUCUACUUUUACCAGCUAAGACCCAUGGGACACAGUAACGAGGCAUAUUAUUGCGGUUUCGGUUCAGCAUUUGGCUAUGCGUUACUACCAUUGGUGGACACGGCGGUCUUUUUCUUACUUCCAUUUCUAAUGAUGUUACUUUUUGGGCUACCAUCUUUGUUUGUAUGGUGCUGUAAAAAAGGAACACUCAGCUAUGAGAAGAUGACAAGUGAUGAUGACUCCUCCACAGACGUUCAGUUCAUUGGCAGAGAUAUUGGAAUAGUUUUGGCAUACGAUUUGGUAUUCUUCCUCUGCAUUGCUCCGUUCAUUGUACUUUGGGUCCUUGGAUGGCAUACAAUAACCGUCUUCACAAUCUUAGGCUACCUGUGGGUAAUAAACCCCUGUGUUAACCCCUUCAUAUAUGCCAUAUUCAACUGCAUUGGCAGACGGAGGGAAAAAACUUCUCCUGGACUGUAAACGUCAGAAUAGUUACAAUCCCAAACAAUGACCGGAACGAAAUGACGACCGAUGUUUACAUCUCAAAUCUCUUUUCUCUUUGUGGAACUUCUUCUAUAACCCUGAUAAAUAUUCAUUCC